AUGUCUCAACGACCAAAUCACUAUCAUAACCAUUUAGACUUCAGUAGGGACAAAUACCUUAAUGGUUUCACCCAAGGUUAUAAAAAUAAAAAUCCCACUGGACCAAACGGCUACACCUAUAAUCGCAAUUCACAACCAUCGCCACCACCGUAUUCAAAAGCUCGAUAUAACUCUUCCCACUCCUCUUCAUAUAGAGCUAGUCGCUUUUCAUCUUCAUAUCAGCCAGCAGUAAGUCCUGGAACACAUAUUAGAUCCUCUUUUGUAACUAGACCACAAUCGUCUUUGGAACAAGAACCACUAAAACCCGUAAAUCAUCGUAUAGAUGUUCCUAUUCGUCCUGUUUCUGAUACAGUAGAAACAAGCAUUCCAUUUCCAACCCAUCCCAAAGCAAAGCCAUUAAAUGAUGUUUAUAUUCCCUUACAUUUCACUGAGCCAAGACCAAAACCGGUAUUAAAAUAUGGUGCAAGCAGGGGCGAACAAAAUUUUAAAGAACAAUAUCAUUAUUUUGAUCCAUUAAAUAUGAAAAAAUUAAUACAUAUAGACGAAAUGAAAAAAUUUUAUACACAAUCUAGCGAUGGUUAUAUUUCUAAAGAAGGGUAUGUGGUUAUAGACAAAAAGAACAAAAAAAUACUUAAAAGAACACCUUCGUUGAAAACUACUGACCCAAGAAAUCCUCAUCAUAGCAACACCACUAAGGCUAAAUAUACUUUUAAACAAAUUUUGCAUGUAUCGUAUGAUAAAUAUUCAUUGGGUCCACCGCCAGUAACUGAAAUUGUAUUACAUGCAUCUACUGAUACUAUUUCUAAUAAUUCACUGGUGCAAGAAAGCACCAUAAAAAGCUAUUUUAAAUCAGAGUUUGGGGAUCUUUCACAUUUUCAAAGUUUUAUUGAUCCUAACAGCUCUUUACCCUUGAAUAUCUUUUUACUCAAAUUUGCUUCAAAUAAAACAGAAAAUGUAAAUAUCCCAUCGAAAAUAGCAGAAUUGGCGGUGCGUAAAUAUCAAAAUAAGUUAUAUUCAGUAAAUGGUGUUAAAUUCAAAGUUUCCUUGAAUAAAAAUGGACUUUGUGCUAAGUUGGUAGAGCAGUUAAUAGCAGAAAAUUUAAAGCAAGUUCAAAAGAGACAAUCAUUAUUAAAGAAGCAUAAUUCAGCUUUAUCACGUGGUAAUGAACACAAAAAAAUGAGUACGUCCAGUGCUGUUAAUGGCACCGAUGCUGCGAGUAGUUUUGCAACAAACGCAACACCUGUUAAAGAAAUACCAGAAUCCUUAAGAUCUGUUGUUAAUAAUAGACCAGUACUUUUUGUUACACUAUUUAUUUUGAAAAACCAUAAUCUAAGCCCACCGGAUUUCCGCUAUGCUUUACGAAUGUACAGAUGUGACAUUUACUCUCACAAGUUAGGCUUUUUUAUUGCUUUCAAGGAUAUUCAAUCCUGUAUGAAAAUAUACCAAUCAAAUUUCCAAUUAGUAUCUAAAAUUCAUAGAGCAACUAAGGUUAAGAUCCCAUUCACUUAUAUUGAACCAAAGAUAUAUAAUAUACCUUCAAGACCAAAUUUAGUAAACAAAAAAAAGGUAUAUAUAUCAAAAGAGGAGUUAGUUAAGGAUACAGUAGAUAUAAUAACACAAGAAUUGGCUUCUGUUAUACGAAAUGAAAUUAGAAAAAGGUUUGUAGGUCCUACGAUUUUGAACAGUUUAGAUAAGGAAAAAUAUUCUGAUUUAAAAGAGGAAUACGAAUUAGAACAAAAGAAUAAAUUGGAAAAACAAAAUAAAAAAUCACAAUCCGUCACUACUUCAACAUUUGAUAUAUUUAAUUUAUAUGGUUCACGAUUUUCAUUAUCAACUGUGAAAAAAAGAAGGUACAAUGAGGGGAAAGAUAGUGAUGAUACUGAUGAUUACGAUGACAAGGAGGAAAAUAUUGCCAAGGGCAAUAUUGAUAUGUUUGUAGAUGAUUUUGUUAAACGAAAAAGCAAAGCAAAAAGAAAGAAUAAAAAACUUAAGAAAGACUUAAAGCCAUUGGCACAUAUAUUGGAUGAAAAUGAGCCCUCAUCUACAAGAGGUUCGACACCAGAGUCUCAUAUGACUGAAGAUAGCUACUUAAACGCCAAAAGUAACUCUCCUAUUAUAGACAUGGAUGAUUUUAAAGAGGUAGAUAUGAGUAAUUCUGGUCAUAACACCCCCGAUGUUAGUUCAACUGCUACAAACAUAAAUGGUAACGAAGAAUCUUUGAGAAUGCGCAAAGAAGAUGAGGGAAACAUGAUAGAUGAUCACAAAAAUGCAUUAUUCUCUAAUAUUGAUUUCAACUUGAAUAAAAUACCAGAGAAAUAUAGACCAACUUGUACAUUUACUCCAAUACCAGUCGUUGAAUCCAACUCUGAUAAUGAUGAUCCAUUGCUUGAUUUACAAGAUAGACUAGUUGAUGAAGAAGAUUUCACAAUCUUAUCAAAAAUAAUGGUACAAAGGAAUUAUUCUGGCCUCAAGUCUAACAUUUCUGAUCCAAUUGAAUAUUUAAAAGUUUUAAGAAGAAGACAACUAAUUAGUACCGAAAAGAAGUUAAUUUUAAAUAAAUUGAACGGCGGCAUGCUUCUAGAUCCUCAAUUAAAGGUUGAAACUGGGGCAUACAGGUCAUCUGGAUUUAAACGAAUUCCAGACAACCUUAAAAUAACAUUUUUACCUCAUCGUAGGCGUAAACAUGCAUUGACUACUGUUCAAACACAUGGUGAUGAUUUGUACGAUCAUUUUGAAGAAGCGAGACAAUCUAGUCCCUCGGUUACGGUUUCUAAUACAGGUGAUUUAACAAAUAAAAACUCAGAAUCCUUAACAGCAAUAAGUAUGGUGGAUCUAGAUGAUAAUUUUGAGGAAAAUGAGAAUAAAACACAAUCUUCUAGGGUGUCUAGAGCUUUGAAUAGAAGGUUUCAACAAGACAUUGAACAACAAAAACAAAUUAUAGGGAAAGAAACAGAUCUAUUGACCUUGAACCAAUUAACAAAAAGAAGAAAGCCAGUGACUUUUGCUAGAUCAGCGAUUCAUAAUUGGGGAUUGUAUGCUUUGGAGCCCAUUGCGGCUAAAGAAAUGGUAAUAGAAUAUGUGGGAGAAGUUAUUAGACAAUCUGUAGCAGAAGUUCGUGAAAAAAAAUAUUUGAAAAGUGGUAUUGGCUCAAGUUAUUUAUUUAGGAUCAAUGAAAACACUGUUAUUGAUGCAACAAAGAAGGGUGGGAUUGCAAGGUUUAUUAAUCAUUGUUGUGAACCAAGCUGUACAGCCAAGAUCAUUAAAGUGGGUGGUACGAAAAGAAUUGUGAUUUAUGCACUAAGAGAUAUUGCUGCAAAUGAAGAAUUAACAUAUGAUUAUAAAUUUGAAAAGGAAACAAAUGAGGCUGAAAGAGUCCCAUGUUUGUGUGGUGCUCCUAAUUGUAAAGGCUAUUUAAAUUAG